AUGACUGCCGCUUUGUCUGGCACCGGCGAGGCCGCCUCAAGGACACUAAGCACUGCGACCCCUUCCGAACCGUCGAAGACCAUACAGAUGCCCGGGAUGCGAGUCAAUGGCAAAAACUGGCAUGCUCCCAAAAAGGCAUUCCGCCCGACAGCUGGCCAGAUAUCCUACGCCAAAAGGAAAGAACAGGACAAGAUCAAGCAAGCAAUAAAAGCCAAAGAGCAAGAGAUGAAAGCAGAGAAAGAGCAGCAACGGACUGAAAGAAUACAAGUCAUCAAGGAUCGGAGAAAGGCCAGAGAAGAAAAAGAACGAUACGAAAAGAUGGCUGAAAAGAUGCAUAAGAAAUUGGUGGAAAGAAGAAAGCGAAGAGAGAAGAGGAACAAAUUGCUGAAAAGCUGA